GUGUGUGUGUGUGUGUUUGAAAUAUUUUUUUUGUUUGUUUGUUUGCCAGUUUUCAUCAUUCAUCAAGCAACAAGCUGUUUAAAAUACUUUAUUAUUAUCACGAAUCAAAUUAUAUUACAUCGUGGUUUUUGUGGUUGUGAAUUGUGUUGAAUCGUUUUGUAAUUGUUCACUAAUCAUCAAUAUAGCCAUCUUAUCAUCGAAUUGAAUUGUAUUUAUGCGUGCCUUUUUCUUCUUUUUUUUCUCAUCACAAGAGAUCAAAUAUAAUUUGUUUAUUUUCAAUGUGUAUGAAACAUUUUAUCUCUUCAAUCACCUCGACAAUCAGUUUGAAUCAUUCCAUUCAACUACAAUAAUAAUAACAAAACCAACAACAAUUAUGACAAAUACUGAUGAACAACAAAAUAAUGAGCUUUCAACGGUCGAUGUCAAAACAAGCAACUGGAAAGGGACAUUGAUCUCUAUACUAGUUAUAAUAUUAUUAUCUUCAGCCAUUAUAUUGGCUAUUUAUAUAAUCAAUCCAGAUAUUCAAUAUAAAUUGAUAAAUGAAACCCGAGAAAAACUCAAACUAGAUGAAUUAUUACAUGGAAACUAUACGGUACAGCCAACAUUCAAUGGUACUUGGAUUAGUGAUACAGAGAUCACAUUCAUAUCAUCGGCCGGUGAUUUUGUCCUAUAUGAUGUUCGUGCCGAUAAAACGGAUACUAUCAUUUAUGCUAGGAUUAUGAAACAACAUGAAGUUGAUCGUGCCAUAUUGUCACCAAAUCGUCAAUAUGUUCUAUUUAUCAGUCAUAUCAAAAAUAUAUUCCGCCAUAGUACAGUGGCCCAUUAUAAAGCUUAUCAUCUAUCAAAUGAUACUAUUAUAAAUAUAAGACCCCAUGAAGCAAACAUUGAUGCUAGUUUACAGGCAGCCGAAUGGGGCCGUAAAAAUGCCCAAUUGAUUUUUGUAUAUGCUAACAAUAUUUAUUAUAUGGCCGAUCCAAGUGAUAGUCAAACAUAUCGUAUAAGUCAUGAUGAUGAUCGUUAUAUCUAUAAUGGAAUACCCGAUUGGAUAUAUGAGGAAGAAAUUCUGGCUUCGGGUACAGCAUUCUGGUGGUCAAAUGACGGCAGCCGUUUAGCAUAUAUACGUUUUAAUGAUAGUCAGGUCGAAAUACAAGAAUAUCCAUGGUACGGUGAUCAGGUUGAUGUUGAAUCACAAUAUCUUGGACCUAUUAAAAUUAAAUAUCCCAAGCCAGGAUCAACAAAUCCAACGAUAACAUUACAUAUGGUUGAUCUGGAAAAUUCUAGUUUUGAUCCAUAUGAAGUUUUACCACCUAUUGAAUUAACAAAACAAAGCAACGAUUAUUAUUUAACAUCAGCCGCAUGGGCUGAUCGUGAUUGUCUGAUUGCCGUAUGGAUGACACGUGAACAAAAUUAUGCUUCUUACUCAUGGUGUUCACCUUCAUCAUCCGAAAUGGAUCAUAAAUGGAAAUGUAAAGAAAGUUUUCAUAAACAACUCAACAAUGGAUGGAUUGAAAUUUCAUCCAUACAUGUUGAUCAAUAUGGUAAGAAUUAUUACAUUUUACAUGGUGAUGAAAGUUCGGAACAAUUUGUACAAAUUAUCAAAGUUAAUAUUAAGACCGGUGAAAAAAAUUUCAUUACAUCUGGUAAACGUGAUGUAACGAAAAUAUUAAAAAUCAUUCCAAUUUAUAAUAACGAUGGUAGUGAAAGCAAUAAGAUAUAUUAUUUGGCAACCAGAACAAAUAAACCUGGUGAACGACAUGUAUAUAAUGUUUUAGAUAAAACUAAAUGGAUGUUUAAUCGAAACAACAAUGAUGGUGAUGUUGAUGAUACAAAGUGCAUUACAUGUGAUCAAAUCGAGCUUAAUCAAUGUCUAUACAAUCGUAUUACAUUCAGUAAAAAUGGUACAUAUUAUAUACGGGAAUGUCUUGGACCAAAUAUUCCUUAUUCAACAUUACAUCUAUUGAAUGAUGAUGGUGGCAAUAAUAAUUAUACACGUGAAUGGGAAAUGAAUGAAAAACUGAAAAUGACAUUGAGCCGAAAAUUAUUACCAACAAUUGUUACGGAAAUUAUCAACAAAACUGAUUAUGUUUUGAUUGUACAAAUGUUUAUGCCUCCAUCAUUUAAACCGGAUAGUGUUGUAAAAUAUCCAUUACUUAUACAAGUAUAUGGUGGUCCAGGAUCACAAUAUGUGAAUGAAAAUUUUAAAAUGAAUUUUGGUAAAUAUCUUGCCGGUAGUCGUGAAAUUAUCUAUGCAUACGUAGAUGGGAGAGGUAGUGGAUUUCAAGGUGAAACAAUGAAACAUCAUCUAUUCCAUCGAUUGGGUACAGUCGAAAUGGAUGAUCAGAUUAUUGCUGCAAGAUAUCUCCGAGAUAAAUAUAAUUUUAUCAAUCCUGAUGCUAUUGGUAUUUGGGGCUGGAGCUAUGGUGGCUAUGCUACAGCUAAAAUAUUAAUCAAAGAUCAUCAUGUCGAUACAGCAGUGUUUGCCUGUGGAAUAUCGGUAGCACCAGUCACAUCAUGGCUUCUAUACGAUUCUGCUUACACGGAACGUUAUAUGGGUUUACCAACAAAUGAAACAAUGAAAAGCUAUCAAACAUCGGCCGUUAUGCAUGAUAUAGAUCUUAUGCGUAAUAAAAAAUUUCUAUUAAUUCACGGAACAGCAGAUGAUAAUGUACACAUACAAAACUCAAUGGUGCUAAUCAAAGAAUUGAAUAAAGCCAAUAUAAUGUUCAAUACACAAAUCUAUCCGGAUGAAAAUCAUGGACUACCCGGUGUUAGUGUACAUCUUUAUGAAACAAUGGCCAAUUUUUGGAAUGAAUGUUUCAAAUCUGAUUCAUACGUUGAAGAGAUUGGAUUACGAAGACGACGUGUAUCGAAAUUUUAAACAAUCAAAAUACCACCACACACACACACACACACAAUAUAUUUAAGUUCCAAAGUCAUGUGCAUAAAUGUGGAUAUUUAUGUGAAUGUGUGUGGUAGGUGUUGAAUGAAAUAUACAAUAUAUAUCCUUCCAAACAUUUGUUAUCACAAUCAUUAUCAUCAUAAUUUUUUAUCAUUAUUUGUUGUCCAAUAUAAAUGCAUUUAUUAAAUUCGAUUAUAUAAUUACA